AUGGCGGCGAUGGCGGUGACAUCGGAGGGCUUCUCCUUCAGCGACUACGUGCGCACCUAUGGAUCCGUUAGCCGACCGCCCAAUGAGUACGACGAGUGCGCCACCGAUGAGGCCUACUAUCGUCUACAACGCCAACGACUGCUGCUCCAGACGCAGAGGAAUAGUCUCCCGCAAUGGCUGGACGUGAAGGAGUGUCUCGAAGACGUGGUCAAAGCGCGCGACAUAAGCGCCAAACAGUGGGCAGACCUCACGAGGCAGACAAUGGACAUCGGGAGGGAGUUUGUGGGCCAGGGAUCCACUCCCGACCUGCACGAGAGCGCCGCCGUAUACGCGCUGCAAGUGUUUCACGACUUCCGAUACGUUAAACACGCGCCGGGAGUCUCGGCUCAACAUCACCACCAAUUGGAGCAGAUGUUUGGCGCCGACCGCGUGGCCAACCGAUUGGUAGACACCGCCUACGAGUGGGCCAACACUCUGCUCGAUAUGCUGGACCCGGAGGACAGGGAACGGCUGUUUGUUCCGUACAGACUGCGCAGCGAAGUCAAAGCCAAUGGCAUCGGUAGUCCUUCUGGUGGUGACGACCAGCCCUUCGACUCGUUGGACCACUUUGACGAUGAGGACCAGUGGGCUGACUAUCAGUACAAAGAUCUCGAUGACGACCCCUUUGUGGACAGAAUCUCGAAGACUAUAUGCGUUAAGUAUGACUCGUUUGGUGACAGUCGCUCCAAAUCCGGUGCCAAAUCCAAGGCCUAUGACCUGAGCUUUGAGUACAAAGACAAUAACCUGACCGCACUCUCGAAGGCCAGCCAUUUGUCGAGCUCUUCGGCCCGAUUCGAGGCCACGAAGAAUGGUAUCCAAAAGGGCAACAGUUCCGGUGAUCACGACAUCGAGUGGCUUAACCACGAACUCAACAAAUAUAUCGGCAAUUAUUACGAGAAAACUGGUGAACAGUUUUACAUGAAUAUCGAGACACUCGUCGACACAGUCAUGGAUUGGAUCCAAUCGGACGCGAAGAGUAGCGACGAGUUGGUGGCCGACCUCCACAGCCUCUUAGGUGACGACUGUAUGUCUCUCAUCGAGAAAUUAGUCAAAUAUCGGACACAACUCAAGACGUCCUAUAAGCAGAUGUUCGGCGAACAGGCCCUCAAUAACGAGUCGAACGGCGCCGACAUUCCCCUCAAGAAAAGGACUCAACCGUUGGGCCCACCGGUGCUGCGCGAGAGGGGACCGGCGAUAGCGCCGUCAGUUGUCGUGCAGACCGCGGAUGAGAAGAUCCUUAAGAAACAGGUCCGCAAAAUGGAGAAAAAGCUCAACAAAGAGUACUACAAAGAGUUGACAGCCGGUGACCAGUCGAGCACCGGUAACCUAACAGCGGACGACAUCGAGCGCAUGAAACAGCAACGGGAGGCCCAGUUGUACUGCGCAAUGAUGGGCCCCCUAUUCAAAGAUCCCGGCGCCGCACCGGAACUGCUCGACCGCUCGGAGUAUCCAUUCGUAUUCGACUCGAUGGCCGAAACCAAGUCGACCGCAGCGUUCAUAUCGGGCGCCAAAAUGACACUUCCGUUGGGUUUUGAGCGUAAAGACCGGCGCCUAUGGGAGGAGAUCACAAUACCGGCCCCACCGGCGCCCCCAGAGAUCGCUGUCAACGAAUACCCGCUCAUAGAUGUCGAGUCACUCGACGAGUUCGGGCGCCUCGGCUUCGAUGGCGUGAAACGGCUGAACCGAAUCCAGUCCAUAGUGUUCAAGACGGCCGACACCACCAACGAGAACAUGUUGAUCUGCGCGCCUACCGGUGCCGGUAAGACCAACGUAGCGAUGCUGGCUAUUAUAGCGCAGAUCAGGGCCAACGCCCAGGGAGGGGACGUUCGGCGCAUCAAUUUGGACGCCUUUAAGAUCGUAUACAUCGCACCCAUGAAGGCAUUGGCGGCUGAGAUGACCGACAACUUCAGCAAAAGGCUGCAACCGUUUGGGAUACGAGUGCGCGAACUGACCGGUGAUAUGCAGUUAACCAAAUCGGAGAUUAUGUCCACUCAGAUGCUGGUGACCACACCCGAGAAGUGGGAUGUGGUCACCCGUAAGGCCAAAGGGGACGUACAGCUGCUGCAACUGGUGCGACUGGUGAUCAUCGACGAGGUGCACCUACUGCAGUCGGAUAGGGGGCCGGUGUUGGAGGCACUGGUAGCCCGCACGAAGCGCUACAUCGAGUCGUCGCAGGAGAUGAUCCGAAUGGUGGGACUGUCGGCCACUCUACCCAACUAUCGAGAUGUGGCCGAGUUUUUGCGGAUCAACCCCCGAAAAGGGCUGUUCGUGUUCGACAACCGCUUCCGUCCCGUUCCCCUGACGCAGACAUUCAUCGGCUGUAAGGCCACGCAAACGAUGCAACAAAUGCAUGAUAUGGACGAAGUGUGCUAUGAAAAGGUGAGGGAUAUGGCGGCCAAAGGUCAUCAGGUGAUGGUGUUUGUGCACGCGAGGAACGCCACGUAUAGGACGGCCGUACUUCUCAAGGACAGGGCCCACAAAACGGAAAGCCUGUCCGCGUUCAAGUGCGAUACCACCCGAUUGCCCGGCGCCGAGCAGAUGAUUAGACGCGCCCGACAUCAGGGCCUACAGGAGCUGUUUAACGCCGGGUUCGCCAUACAUCACGCCGGCAUGUUAAGGCAAGACCGCAAUUUAGUGGAGAAGCUGUUCCGCGCCGGCGUUGUUAAGGUUCUAGUCUGUACUUCCACACUGGCCUGGGGUGUCAACCUACCGGCCCACUCGGUUGUGAUAAAAGGGACCGAAAUGUACGACUCAUCGCAGGGCAACUUCGUGGACAUAUCGAUGCUGGACGUGAUGCAGAUCUUCGGGCGCGCCGGUAGGCCGCAGUACGACACGGAAGGUCACGGCACGAUCAUAACGGCCCACAAUAAGCUGCGGCACUACCUGUCCCUUCUGACCAAUCAGUUCCCGAUCGAGAGUCAGUUCAAGAAGUACUUAACCGACAAUAUGAACGCCGAGAUCGUGUCGGGCACUAUCACUACCAUUGAUGAGGCCGUCGACUGGAUUAGGGAUACCUAUCUGUAUAUACGAAUGCGCAAAAACCCCCAGUGCUAUGGUAUAGGCGCUGAUGAUCUCCGGCGUGAUCGCGAUCUGUUUGAAUACCGGCGCCGUUUGGUGAGGGAGUCGGCCGAGGAUUUGGAUACGGCCAAAAUGAUCAGGUACAGCCCAGAGACCGGUACCCUCGACCCCACCGACUUGGGACGUACGGCCAGUCAUUACUAUAUAAAGUACGACACGAUUAUGAAGUUUAAUGAAGUGAUUAAGGAUACCAUGAAUGAGAGGGACAUCUUCGCCAUGAUAGCCACCGCUCAGGAGUUCGAUCAACUGAAGUCACGAGAGGACGAGUUCGAGGAACUGGAGGACCUGUUGCGGCACUCGUGCCAACUGGGAGUGCCGGGAGGUGUGGAGAACAAGAACGGCAAAGUGAAUAUACUGAUGCAGUCGCAGCUGAGCCGGGUCAAGAUCGACAGCUUCUCACUCGUGUCGGACACCAUGUUUGUGAUGCAGAACGUGAACCGCAUUGCGAGGGGACUGUUCGACUACGUGCUGAAAAAGGGUUGGGCGCUGUUGGCUCAGCACCUGCUCCGGGUGUCGCUCAUGUUCGAGCGCCGUAUGUGGGACUACGAGACCCCUCUCCGCCAGUUCCCCACAGAGAUCUCCUACGAAGUGAUGUCAAAGUUGGAGCGCCUGAAGCCGCCGCUCACUAUAGACCGCAUCCGCGAGACCAGUGCCGACGACUUGGGACGUCUGGUGCGGCACCAGUCGUACGGCGCGAUACUGAAACGAUUGGCCGAAACGCUGCCGGCGGUCCAAGUGGAGGCCAGUUUGAGGCCUAUAACGAGGACUGUACUCAUGGUUCAGGCGGAGGUGCGGCCGGCGUUCCGGUGGGACGACAGACACCACGGAAAGGUGUGCGAGUCGUUCUGGCUGUGGCUGUCCGACAUCGACAGCAACCAUAUCUACCACUCGGAGCUGUUUAAGUUGACUAAGAAACAGGUGCAGCGCCGGGAGUCGCAGAAGUUGACGUUCAACAUACCGCUCCUGGACCCGGACCACCUGCCCUCCCAGUACAUCAUUCACUGCGCGUUCGACCGGUGGUUGGGCUGUGAGUUAGACGUAUCCCUUCCCUGUCGGCAACUGAUUCUGCCCGAGAAGUACGUGCCCUACACUAAGCUCCUGGACUUGGAUCCACUCCCGGUGUCGGCGCUCAAUAACCCGCUCUACGAGUCGAUCUACCGGUUCUCACACUUCAACCCAAUUCAGACGCAAAUAUUUCACACCCUAUACCACACCGAUGGCAACGUACUGGUGGGCGCACCCACCGGUUCCGGUAAGACUAUCUGCGCCGAGAUGGCGAUGUUCAGGACGUUUACGACAAAUCCCGGCGCCAAAGUGGUGUACAUCGCGCCCCUUAAGGCGCUGGUAAGGGAACGGGUGGACGACUGGCGACAGAAACUCGAGCAGACAAUGGGCCGCCGGGUGGUGGAGCUGACGGGCGACGUGACGCCCGACGUGAGGGCUAUUAUGGCGGCCGACGUCAUAGUGACCACACCGGAGAAGUGGGACGGCAUCAGUAGGAGUUGGCAGCAGCGCCGGUAUGUGCGGGACGUGGCGCUCAUAGUGAUCGACGAGAUACACCUGUUGGGUGAGGACAGGGGUCCGGUGCUGGAGGUGAUCGUCUCGCGCACCAACUUUAUCCGCCAGAACAGCGACCAAAAGAUCCGUAUCGUAGGCCUGUCCACCGCGAUAGCCAACGCCCAGGACUUAGCCAAUUGGCUGGACAUCAAAGGCAUAGGUCUCUACAAUUUCAAUCCGUCCGUACGUCCCGUUCCCAUCGAAGUGCACGUCCAGGGCUUCCCGGGAAAGAACUACUGCCCCCGUAUGGCACUGAUGAACAAACCCACGUAUCGGGCGAUACUACACCACUCGCCCACCAAACCGGUGCUCAUAUUCGUGUCGUCCCGACGCCAGACCCGACUCACGGCCUAUGAUUUAAUGACAUUCCUGGCCAACGACAGCGCCAACGACCGGUUCCUGCGUAUGGAUAGGCGCGAGAUGUCGGCGCUGAUUGCCAACGUGAGGGACAGUAGUCUGAAAACGACGUUAGACUUUGGCAUUGGUUUACAUCACGCGGGACUGCACGAGAGGGACCGGUGUUUGGUGGAGGAGCUGUUCGCGAACCAGAAGAUACAGGUGCUGGUGAGCACCGCCACACUGGCCUGGGGUGUGAACCUGCCGGCCCACGCGGUGAUCAUCAAAGGGACCGAGUAUUUCGACGGCAAAAAGCACCGGUACGUCGACUUUCCCAUCACAGACGUGCUGCAGAUGAUGGGUCGCGCCGGUAGGCCACAGUUUGACGACACGGGCGUCGCCGUUGUCUUAGUACAGGACACGAAGAAGGAGUUCUACAAGAAGUUCCUCUACGAGCCGUUCCCCGUCGAGUCAUCCCUACUAUCGGUGCUCAGCGACCACAUGAACGCCGAGAUCGUGUCCGGCACUGUAGGCACCAGACAGCAGGCCAUUGAGUACCUGAACUGGACGUAUCUGUUCCGCCGGGUGCUUAAGAACCCCCACUACUACGGCUUACUGAGCGCCGACACUCAGGACGUGAACCAAUUCCUGUCCACUGUUAUCGACACCACAAUACACGCACUGAUGGCUGACUUGUGUCUAACCAUUGAUGAGGAGGACGACCGCACACUGACGGCCACACCGUUGGGUCGCAUCGCGUCCUUCUAUUACAUCAACCACUCGACGGUCCGGGCGUUUCACACGGCACUGGCCGACCCCCAAGUGGACGUGGAUUACGCGGGACUACUGGAUGUGUUGACCGGCGCCUACGAGUACAACGAGCUCCCGGUGCGACAUAACGAGGAUAUACUGAACGCCGAGUUGUCGAUGAAGUGUCCCAUCAAACUGAGCUCUAGUCGGCACCCGAUGGACAGCCCGCACACCAAAGCCCAUCUACUACUACAGGCGCACGUGUCUCGGCUACCGGUGCCCAACACGGACUACUCCACGGACUUGAAGUCGGUGUUGGAUCAGGCGAUUAGGAUAACGCAGGCGAUGAUAGACGUGGCGGCUCUGGCCGGCGCUCUGCCCACUGUCCUCAAGAUCGUGACAAUGCUUCAGAUGAUAGUCCAGUGCCGGUGGCAGUCGGACAACCCGUUGCUGGCGCUGCCCGAUGUGGACAGUCAUACGGCGGCUGCCGUUCCCGUCGCCUUGCGUUCGCUGCCACAACUGACCCGUACGGCGCUGUCUAAUGGAUUUGUAGGCCUACAGGCGCUGCUCAGACCCCAUGUGGGCGACCAGUCGGCCCUCAAAUGCAUAUACGAGUCGCUCAUUAAACUGCCAUUAAUUGAGUGUACGAUGAGUUUGGCGAAGACCGGAGGCGACGAGUCGGUGGUUACCCAACGGGUGCCCGUGGGGGCCGUGUUUGACACGGUGUCCAAACGUCCGGCGUCUGCCGUAGUGGACAGGGAUGCCGAGUACGCACUCGUAUGUGAUUUUAGGCGACCCCACGUACGCCAGAAAGACGGCGGCACCAGUAGGGCGUUGGCGCCGAAGUUCCCGAAGCCUAAGGACGAGAACUGGUUCGCCGUUUUGGGUGAUGUGGAGCGCCGGGAGCUGAUAGCACUACGACGAUUGGGUAGCAUCGGGUCCAAAGGGCAGCACUCGUUGUCGUUCACCACCCCUUCCACUCCCGGCCCCGUUGUCUACACUUUCUAUUUGCUCAGCGACUGCUACCUCAACCUCGACCAACAAUACACUAUCUACCUGUCCGUCCGAUAG